UAUGGUAAAUAACAGUUCUCCUGAUCUACUCCCGAGACAAGUGCCAAGUACGGUAAAUAACAGUUCUCCUGAUCUACUCCUGACACAAGUGCCAAGUACGGUAAAUAACAGUUCUCCUGAUCUACUCCUGACAUAAGUGCCAAGUAUGGUAAAUAACAGUUCUCCUGAUCUACUCCUGACACAAGUGCCAAGUACGGUAAAUAACAGUUCUCCUGAUCUACUCCCGACACAAGUGCCAAGUAUGGUAAAUAACAGUUCUCCUGAUCUACUCUUGACACAAGUGCCAAGUACGGUAAAUAACAGUUCUCCUGAUCUACAUCCGACACAAGUGCCAAGUACGGUAAAUAACUGUUCUGAUCUACUCCCAACACAAGUGCCAAGUACGGUAAAUAACAGUUCUCCUGAUCUACUCCUGACACAAGUGCCAAGUACAGUAAAUACCAGUUCUUCUGAUCUACUCCUGACACAAGUGCCAAGUACAGUAAAUAACAGUUCUCCUGAUCUACUCCUGACACAAGUGCCAAGUACAGUAAAUAACAGUUCUCCUGAUCUACUCCUGACACAAGUGCCAAGUACAGUAAAUAACAGUUCUCCUGAUCUACUCCUGACACAAGUGCCAAGUACAGUAAAUAACAGUUCUCCUGAUCUACUCCUGACACAAGUGCCAAGUACAGUAAAUAACAGUUCUCCUGAUCUACUCCUGACACAAGUGCCAAGUACAGUAAAUAACAGUUCUCCUGAUCUACUCCUGACACAAGUGCCAAGUACAGUAAAUAACAGUUCUCCUGAUCUACUCCUGACACAAGUGCCAAGUACAGUAAAUAACAGUUCUCCUGAUCUACUCCUGACACAAGUGCCAAGUACAGUAAAUAACAGUUCUCCUGAUCUACUCCUGACACAAGUGCCAAGUACAGUAAAUAACAGUUCUGAUUUACUGCCGACACAAGUGCCAAGUACGUUAAGUAACAUUUGUCCACAGCCACCCUUAAUGCUCCUGAUCCAACAAUAGACCAUAUGUAAUUAUCGGCCUUAUAUGUUUAGGGCAGUUCUAAGCCCUUGCACUG